AUGAAAGCAGUCCCAAAGAAUAAAAGAAGCUCGACUGAUGUGAAGAUACCCAUCGACUUCCAGCAUUUCGCCGGGAUCAUCUCACCAGCAAUCUCCACUUUCCACCGAUGUCGUUUUCGCGAGCAGCUGGCUAAAUUAGACGCUAUGCAUCACGUGAGGACGAAAGUACCACAGCGUUGGUCUCGUGAGAGGGUCUUGUUCACUGCUUUAGCGGCUCGCUUCACGCUGGUUUUCUACUCCAACAUCCAUGACUAUAUAUUUCAUGUGAAUUUCACUGAUAUCGACUACAGCGUGUACAGCGAUGCUGCCCGUCAUGUGGCUGAAGGCAGGAGUCCUUUUGCGAGGGAAACGUACAGAUACACUCCAGCGUUAGCAUGGAUUCUGCAACCUGUAGUAACCUAUAAGGAUUUCGGGAAAUUUCUGUUCUGUUUAUUCGAUAUUCUUGUCGGAUGGAUGUACUUUGAAAUGAUGUCGCUUCAGCGCAGUCUAACUCAUGAGAAAAGUGAAAAAGUCGAAGGCCCACAAACCGGUAGCAAGGAAACCCUUGAGGAAGAAGUGAAUAACUCCGAUGAAUCAAUAAUGCUACCUGUCGUGAUAUUUUGGCUAGCUAAUCCUUUGACUGCCAUAAUAUCUGCGAGAGGCAAUGCAGAUGUCUUAGUCUGUGCAGCUGUGCUCUAUACUUUAUACCUACUUAUGAAAGGACAGUGGUUCACUGCUGCAUUAGCUCAUGGUUUCCUGGCUAUCCAUCUGAAAAUCUACCCACUUAUCUAUUUUCCCUCGAUAUUUCUGCAUCUGUGUCAAUUUUCACCCAAAGAAGGUGCUAUUGCGGGCUUGAAGCAGUUACUUUCUAACUGGAAAGGUUUUACCUUUGCUGUGAUAAGCCUGACAAGUUUUGGCUUGGUUGUUUCAUUUUUCUAUUAUUUUUAUGGUGAUCAAUUUCUCGAAGAGUUCCUUCUCUAUCAUAUCAAAAGGAGAGACAUAAAACAUAAUUUCUCACCAUACUUCUAUCCUCUUUCCUUAGUUGACGACAAUGAAAGUCUAUCGAAAAUCAUUGGAUUUCUCGCUUUUUUCCCACAAGCAUUCCUUGUCAUUUUCUUUGCAUUCAGAUAUUACAAGGAUUUGCCAUUCUGUUGGUUCUUGAGCACUUUUGCCUUUGUGACAUUCAACAAAGUAUGCACUAGCCAAUACUUUGUAUGGUACAUUGUGUUUCUGCCACUAAUCAUCGACAGAAUCAAGAUGUCAGUGAGAGAUGCUGUGAGCCUCAUUUUAAUGUGGUCUGCUAGAGCAAGAGAGUAUAGAACCCGAAUGGUUUUCUAUCUCAUAGGACUUGGACUAGGUGAUGUGGAAGACAUUACUGUGAAAGGGCUGAACAUCGUGAAAAAAUGCAAGCGAGUGCACUUAGAAGCGUACACGAGCAUUCUCUGUUAUGGGCUGGACAAGUCGAAACUGGAAGAGUUCUACGGUCGUGAAGUGAUUGAAGCAGAUCGAACAUUAGUUGAACAGAAUUCAGAUGAAAUACUGGAUGGAGCAGAUGUUGACGACGUUGCUAUGCUUGUCGUAGGAGAUCCUUUUGGUGCCACUACACAUACAGAUUUGGUACUUCGAGCGAAGGAAAAAAAUAUCCCGGUGAAAGUUGUACACAACGCUUCUAUUAUGAAUGCCGUAGGAUGUUGUGGACUUCAGUUGUAUAACUUUGGCGAAACCGUUUCUAUAGUGAUGUGGCUAAACGGAUGGGAGCCGGACAGUUAUUACGACAAAAUUGCUUCCAACAUGGAGAAAGGAUUCCACACAUUAUGUUUGCUAGAUAUCAAAACUAAAGAGCAAUCCGUCGAAAAUAUGAUGAGAGGCCGGAAGAUCUAUGAACCGGCGCGAUACUUAACAUGUGCCGAAGCCGCUAGACAAUUGUUGAAGAUUGCUGAAAGAAAAAAAGAGUCCGGAGUUGAGCCGGUCUACAGUGAAUCUUCACCAUGUGUAGGAUUGGCACGAGUCGGAUGGGAUGAUCAAAAGAUUGUGUUCUGCAGUCUGAAAGAAAUGUCGCAGUGUGAUCUUGGUCCACCUUUGCAUUCGCUCAUAUUGCCAGGUCAUAUGCAUCCGUUGGAGAACAACAGUGGAAGUCAACAUACACAUUUCCUUGAAAUUUCUUCUCUUUCUGUUGAGGAAUUACCUUCUGUUGAACAUCAGCUUUCUUUAACUGCGAUCAAAAAGAGGUCCAACGUCUGGCUGCAUUCAUCAUUGAAUUUACUCCGGCACAAAGAUAAAAUGAAUGACGAAUACGGCCUAUUAUUUCAAACAUUCAUGACUACUUUUUCUCUUGCUGUUUGCACCUACCGCAUUUUUGACUGA